UUUCCAUCUGUGUGCAUCAUCUCUUGUAGCAAUGGGUGGAAAGGUGAAGAAGGACUUGCUAAAGAUUAAGAAGAAGCAGCCGAUGCCAUCAAAACAGGAUUUUGACCCUGCACAAUCUUCAUCUUCAAAGAUGGCAAAGGGUGAGCAGUUUGUCCAGACCUUUGACCAAAUCCUUGCCGACAUCUCCAACGAGAAGCUUGACGAGUUGAGCGACUACGCCCACAAAGACAAGACUAACAGCCUGAAAAAACUCCCACGAUUUGCUCACUUCACAAAGACCAUCAACAAUAUGGUUAAGGUGAAGGAGUUUUUGGAGGAGCAAAUCAAAUAUGCAGAGGACGCUUUGUCCGAUGUCAUAGUGGAGCAGUGCUGCAGAGAUGAUGACACCUUUGACUGGGAACAGGUGAAAUCCAUAAUUGACAAGACCGUUGGUGCUAGACAAAGUCAAUCGCAGCGAACAGAUGUUGUCAUGAAACCAGCGGCCUAAUUAGAUUUAAAUCACAGUUGUUUAAUCACAAGUUGUUUAAUGUCAAUGAAAAGACCCUCUGAAAUCUGAGGGCAACGGGGAAUACAUUCAUCAACAUUUGAUGUGUCAAUCACAUACCUAUCGGG